AUGUUUUGGCAGAAGACAUUGAGUCUUCUUGGGCUCCUAGCUGCUGUGGGCAGCACAGCUCCAGCUCUGUCCAAGCGCCUGGACAUUGACGACCUAAAUGAAGAAUUCGUGUUUUUCCGGGCUGAUAGCCCCGACGAGAUCAAAAAAGAACAUGGCUUCCAAACAAUGGGCAAAACCAACAAAAUACCCGAAAACAUCAGUCUCUGGGACCACUGCAAGAUCAAAGGCGCAGAAGCGAAGUUCGGAAACCUAGCAGACGAUGGCUACGUUUCCACGAGUCUGGAUUUUGGGGUCUGUGUCAAGUGGGUCAUGGAAUACAUCGAGGACCCUGAUCACUCCACCAUUUACAAGAUCGCGUCGGACAGGAACCUUAUUGGGUGUCACGACACGCUCAAGCACUACAAUCCCCUCCCAGACGAACAAGAGUAUGCUGCCAUCGGCGGCAUCCCUUGGGCCCAGGUCAUGGGUUGGUACAACCAGUUCACCGUGCAAGGGCAGACCAUCACGGACGCAGUAUUCACCCCAAACCCUGCCUUCAAUAGCGCAAAGUACCACAACGUCCCCGACGGUUCCGACCCAUCCAACGGCGGAGAAAACUACAGGCUCGCUGGCUGGCCCAGGAACGACAAGAGGUGGUCGGAAGCGCCUUGGAAGGGCGUUGCUGACCCGGUUUGCGGCAAGGAUGAAAAACCGAAGAAGGGGAAGAAGAAGGGCGCCCGCGACGUCGGUGACAUCGAAGACGAUGAAGAUAUGCAACUUGUUGUUAGGGACGAUGAAGAAGAUGUGGAGCUCGUGACUCGAGACAGCGAGGACAUGCAGCUCGUUGCUAGGGCUAGAGGAGGGAGCAGGGGGUCCAGCAGGACGUCUUCUUCGAGGGCUGGUAGGGCUAGGAAGAGGCCUACUAAGAAGCCUACUAAGAAACCUACCAAGAAGCCCACAAAGAAGCCUACCAAGAAACCCACAAAGAAGUGCACAGCAGCAAUGAAAAAAGCCGGAAAGUGCGGCACCAAGACCACAUGCACCGCCGCCACCAAAAAGCGCAACGGUGGCGUCUGCCCCCCAAAAACAACCUGCACCGCCGCCCAGAAAAAGGCCAACGGCGGCAAAUGCCCAACCAAACCCAAAACCACCUGCACCGCCGCCGAAAAGAAAGCCAACAACGGCACAUGCCCCACCUGCACCGCAGCCGAGAAGAAGAAAAACGGCGGCAAGUGCCCGCCCAAAGCGUGCGGACUGCGCAAGACGAACAAACAGAUGGCGGAUGAGUAUUUGAAGCUGUAUAAGGCGGGGAAGCUGGGGAAGGGGAAGAAGAAGGGUGGUAAGGGAAGAAGACGGGAAGGGUGUAGGGGCUGGAAAAGGGGAUAG